AUGAAUUAUUCACAACAUAAGGCGACUUGCAUACGAGGCGUUUUAAACACGCACCUUAAUGAACCGCAUAGGUAUUCAUCAACCUCUAUUCCAGUAUCAAAGAAUAACACCACACAAGGUUUGGACAGAAGAAAAAGAACACGAAGAGCGUUAAAUGAAAAUCGUGUCAUUAUCACGCAACAUUUCACAGAAAGAACAGUUACUCCUGGAGGAGAUAUUAGCAUGCAAUGUGCCGCUACGGGGGACCGACCGCCGCAAUUUGUGUGGGAGAGGGACGGCGUUAUUGUAUCCAGCAAUACUGAUCCUAGGUACGCAUUAGGACAAAUAAUGACAUCAGAUAACUCAGUAGUGGCACAGUUGAAUAUUACGAGGGUGAGAGUGGAAGAUGGUGGCUUGUACUCUUGCACGGCGAAGGAAGGCGACCACAUUGCAAGUCAUGAAAACAGAUUAGAUGUGUAUGGACCCCCUUAUAUUAGAUCACUGCCACCUAUCAAAGUGCAAAGUGGUGAAUCGAUAAACCUAAGAUGCCCCUACUAUGGAUAUCCCAUAAGCAAAAUCGACUGGGAGUACAAGGGUAAGGUAGUAAACUCAAACAACCUCUUCCAAAGUCGGUACAAACGUCAAAAUCAUCAGAAACGCAAAUUUCGUCGUAGCUUAGUCAAUAUACAUGGUGUUCUAACCGUACCAGAAAUCACUAAGGAGGAUAAUGGGGCUGUAUACACAUGUAUUGUGACGUCACCUUCAGGAGAAAUGGCAAGACGAGCGUUCGAAAUCCAAGUAAUCGAAGCCCCUGUUCUUGAAGACUUGCUUUUAGGUAAUAAUUUACAAGAAGGACAAAUUGUGAACAUUUACUGCAACGUGAGGAGUGGAGAUUUGCCCAUACAUUUUGAAUGGCUGAAAGAUGGGAAGAGGAUUCCAAGUGCGUUGAAGGUAGUGGAGAGGAAUUCAGAAUUAUUUAAUGCGCUAGUAAUCAAAAGAGUGUCCUUAGAGCACUGCGGGACCUACACCUGCGUAGCUUCUAAUCAUGUUGCUAAGGUCAACAAAUCCACUGAAUUAUAUAUAAAAGUUGCCCCAAAAUGGUUGGAAGAGCCUACAAAUUCCUCGCUGCUUUUGGGAAGGAAGGGAUCAGUUUCAUGUAGCGCGAGCGGAUAUCCGCAACCACAAGUACAUUGGAUGAAAAAAGAUGCACUUCUGGGAACAUGGCAACCAGUAUUGGAACUCGCGGGUGGUGGGAUUUUAAGCCUUCCAAACGGAACCCUGGUUAUUGAGGAGGUAUCUCUAACAGACGAAGGGCUGUACUCCUGCAAUGUGGAAAACGGUGUUGGAACACCUCUAAGUAAAACUGUAUGGAUGAGUGUUAAUAAGCCAGUUCACUUCGAUUCGCCAUCAGCUAACGUAACAUCUCGACUCGGCCAUCCUGUAACGUUAGAAUGUAGAGCGUUGGGAGACGAUCCCAUCAGAAUAGUUUGGACACAUGACGGGAAUAGCUUAGAUGCUCAAAAACACAGAGCAAAACACUCGGAAUCAAAGACCUCCCUCGGCCUUACAAGUGUCGUCAGCUUACAGUAUUCAGAAGCAAGCGACGCGGGCUUCUAUCAAUGUCGUGCUAGCAAUCCUUAUGGAGUAGCGAGUUUCAACAUCUUUUUAACUAUUUUAGAACCUCCAACUCCUCCAUCAGAGAUCCGAAUAGAAUCAGUCCGUUCCCGUACAUCAACAGUGUCCUGGCGAGAUGCGCGCGCGCACAAACACUACACUUUACAAUAUGUGCCUGCGCAUUUCACUGAUGCAGGCUGGGAACACGCUGCUAAUAUUAACGUUUCUAGAAAAGACAGUGACAUUCGUCAAGCCAUUGAACUACAAAAUCUAAGGCCAGCGACUGCAUACGCAGUGCGAGUUGCGACGGGUAAUGAAGUCGGGAUGAGUCGGUACACGGCGCCCAUACACUUCACAACACAUGAAGAAGCACCCUCAUCGUCACCAAUAAACAUUCAAGUAGAACAAACAGAAAACCCUGGAGAACUGUUCAUAACGUGGCUUCCUCCUCCCAAAGACCACCAUAAUGGAAUAAUUACAGGAUACCAUAUAAAAGCUGUUCCUCAAAAUAUUGGAACAAUUUCAGAGGACAGCGACACAAGGACACUUAAAGUUUCUCAACAGUCUGGCAAACAGGAAACCACUUUGAGUGGACUUUUAAAAAAUACUAGAUACGCAGUGAGUAUAUCAGCUUUCAAUAGUGCAGGCUCUGGACCGUUUUCUCUACCUGUGUUCCAAGAUACUCUGGAAGGAGCUCCAGAACACGCGCCAUCUUCAGUAGAAUGUACUGCAGUGUCAUCAACUUCGUUGCGAGUCGGAUGGCAACCUAUAGCUAUACGUGGUCAAGGAAGCUCUUUGAUUGGAUAUACUAUUUUAUAUGCUACUGAAGAAAGUGCUUGGCAAAAUCAGACGUCUCUUCACACAGAGAUUUACCUACAAAGUCUAACAAAAUACACAAAUUAUACUGUCAAGGUGGCUGGCUUCUCGAGCUAUGGAGCUGGACCGUUUUCAUAUCCCAUAGUGUGUACAACGUUACAAGAUGUUCCAGAAGCGCCUUCAGAUAUCAAAGUGUUAAUUCUAUCAGCCACUUCUCUAUUGGUGAGCUGGAAAAGACCCGACCAUCCUAAUGGGGAGCUUAUAUAUUAUACAGUUUAUGUGAAACAAACGUCAGGUAAUGGAUCACCUCAAACCUUUCGUGUGGACGUUUCCAAAACUACUACAGAAGUGAAAGAUCUAACAACAGGAAGACCUUACGAAGUGUGGGUGACUGCUAGCACUAGUGUAGGAGAAGGAAUUGCUAGUAAACGUAUAUCACAAACUCCCGCACAGAGAGUGGUAGCAGGAGUAGCGUCUCUAGGAGGAACCAUCUCAGUAGGGGUCGGGUCGUCCCUCCUCUUAGUCUGCCAGUGCGUGGGGUCUCCCCCGCCCCGCACCGUGUGGUAUCACAAACAUAAUAUCAUAACACACCAUCCAAGAUUCACAAGGAACCAUGAUGAUAGCUUGCUUAUUAACAAUAUAGAUCAGUCGUUAAGUGGAAACUAUACUUGUUUGGCCAAAAAUCUCUACGGUUCCGAUUCGGUAGAAUAUACGGUAAUAGUACUGCCAUUACCCGAAGCGCCUAUACUGAGAGCUACGCCUUAUAAAGACUCUUUAUUGGUGGAAUGGGAGCAACCAUUUUACACUGGAAAUAGAAGUUCUGGCCAAAAGAUUACUUACAGUUUAACGUGGAAGGAAUCGAGUGGUCCGUGGCAAGAAGCAUGGUCGCCCAAUAAGUUGGCGAACAAGUUGUCCAACUUGUCUGGAGUUCAAAAACAUGCUUUGACUGGUUUGAAGUGUGGUACAAAGUAUUCUUUAAGAAUAACAGCUACAAAUAAAGUCGGUACAUCUCAGCCUGCGUACUUAGAUGUCAGUACUCUCGGUGGAGCACCAAUUCCACCGUCGACAAACGAAUGGCUAUGGAGCAACUGUUCUCAUAUUUACGUACAACUAGCCGGAUGGGACGACGCGGGAUGCGAACUUAGGUCCUGGGAUGUUGAAUACCGUCUACUAGGGUCAAGGGGAUGGAUGAGGGCACAUAAUGCUAUGGCAUACGCUGACUCGUCGUACGCGCUCUAUCAGUCGAGCUAUCGCACAAGUUUCCCUAUAUCCGAUCUCUCCCCAGGCACGUGGUACCAGGUUCGAGUCACGGCUAAUAAUGAAGCUGGUAGCGUCACCACUACUUAUAACUAUGCUACGAAAAAUGAGGAUGGCAGUGAAGUCGGUCCACCGUCAGAUCUCUUCGAUUUGAAUAUGCUUGUGAUAGUCUUCAGUUCAAUACUACUUGCUAUGUGCCUUAUUUGCUGCGUUUAUAUUUUGGUUAAACGUCAAAGGACGGUAACUUUCACUGAAUACCGUGAUUCAAUAACAGUCGAUAAGUCCGAGAGCGGUAACAUCACUGCCAACACGUCACACAGCAAUCUCGCCAACGUGAAAGAGAACGCUAUAAACGCACAGAACAGGAUAUAUAGCGCACCGAUACAUGUGCGGAAUAAUAGCAAACACGAGCUAUACGAGAUAAGUCCGUACGCGCAGUUCGCAGUCGGGUUCCGCACGUUCGGUCACGUCGAAAACCAGGACCUGCCCAGUCGACACAUGAAGCAGAGAUAUGACACUGAAACAAGUUUUCAAGUGUGUUCAGAAUCAGAAGACAGUGACAGCAUAUCGAAGUCUACUUUAAAAAGUGUACCGAGGAAAGCGUGUAGGACGCCGCACCACAGG